CGCCUCUGUUCGCGGAAUAAAUACCCUGGCCCUCUCCUCUCCCUGAAGCUUCCUCUUCCUCCUUAAUAACAGAUAGAUCCUCCUCUAUUCCUAUACCAUCAUGUAUCCCCAUCAGAACCGCCCUCCAUAUCCUCCAUUCACUGGCCCGCCGCAGGGCUACGGUCAACAACAGAACCCACCACCAUUUCCUCCUCAGAACCAGCACCACAUGGCCUCUCCACCUUACCCGAACCAGCCUGGCUACCCUCCCUACGGCGCUCCACACCCUAAUCAGCCUCCAUAUCCUCAUACCCCGCAAGGCGCUCCUCCAGGUCGACUAGAUAUGUACCACGGGGGCCCACAAGGAUAUUCGCAAGGCUUGCCUCCUCCACAGGGCGCUCCUCAUGGAUCGUUCGGUGCGGCACCUCCCUUGCCACCACACCCUCAAUCUUAUCCCCCGCUUGCGUCCGUGCCAUCAUUGGGCUACGUUCGAGGUCAGCAAGCGAACGGGGACUUCCGACCCCAAGCCGAUCAGCUCCGUCGCGCAAUGAAAGGCUUCGGGACAGACGAGAAGACCCUGAUUCAGGUUCUCGCCAAGUUAGACCCUCUCCAAAUGGCCGCCGUACGAUCCGCCUACACACACCACAUCCGUCGAGAUCUCUACAAGGAUGUCAAAGGCGAGACUAGCGGCUACUUUCGUCGGGGUCUCCUAGCUAUCAUUGAUGGCCCGUUGCAGUACGAUGUGGCCUGCGCCAGGGAAGCUGUCGAAGGCAUUGGGACGAAGGAAUGGCUUCUCAACGACAUCCUUCUUUCCCGGUCCAAUGCUGAUAUGAACGCCAUAAAGGCCGCUUAUCACCAGACAUACCACCGCGCUCUCGAAAAGGACGUUGAAGAUGACUUGUCAUUCAAAACCCGGAACUUAUUUACCCUGGUACUUCGCGCCUCUCGACACGAGGAAUCAGCCCCAUUAGACCCGCAACUCAUCGAAGCAGAAGCCAAGUCCCUUCACCAAGCAACGGCGGCGCGAAUGGUCAACAAUGUUGAUGAAGUAUGUGGUACCAUAGCCAGGGCCUCCGAUAACGAGCUCCGUGCCCUCAAUCAUGCGUUCUACAAUCGUUACAACAUUCAAUUGACUAAGCACAUCGAGAAAGAGUUUUCCGGGCACAUGAAGGAUGCACUGCUGCAUAUGCUUGGGGCUGCGUUGGAUCCGGCCAUGCACGACGCUGAGCAGCUCGAAGACUGCAUGAAGGGAAUGGGAACCAAGGAUGAGAAAUUGGUGACAAGAGUGGUCCGCCUGCACUGGGCGCCUGGGCAUUUGGACCAGGUGAAACGGGCAUAUCGCCAUCGGUUCCAGAAAGAUCUUAUCGAGCGGGUCAAGGGGGAGACCAGCGGUGAUUACCAGCGAUUGAUGGUUGCUUUAUUGCAGUAGCCGUACAUGCUAUCGCUUUUUUAAUGUUUACUCCACGAAACAGCCAUGACUUACGACUGGGCAGGGUAUGGGAUGGUGCGGCUGGGUCUGUUUCUGCAUUAUCGUUAUGGGCGAUGAUAGAC